AUGGCUCAUUUGCUCCUUUUCUCUCAGUUGCUGCUCGUUCUAUUGCUUGGUCCUGUUGCUGCACAGUCGGCGCUUCCCAUUAUCCGUAUCACAGGCCCCAAAUUCUUCAAAGGCAAUGGCGACCAGUUCUACAUCAAAGGGGUGAUGUAUGCCGGGCCCCCUGACAAUUCCGUGCCGCACACCGAUCCGUUGGCAAACUCCGCCCAAUGUGCCCUCGAUGCGCCUCUUAUGCGAUCACUUGGUGCGAACACAGUCCGCGUUAGGUACACCGAUGUAUGGGCGGACCACGAUGCCUGUAUGCAGACAUUGGCAGACAACGGCAUCUACGUGGUGCUGAAUAUAGCAGAGAGCGGUACAGUGGGUAGUAGGACAUGGGACGAUACUCUUUACCGCCUCUUCACACCUAUGAUCGACAGAUUCGCCAAAUAUGACAAUUUGCUGGGCUUUUUUAUUGGCGACGAGGACAUCAGCGACGACUCUUCCCUUGACUGCGCCAGUUCCCUCAAAGCUGCCGUCCGAGAUAUGAAGGCCUACAUCGCGGCCAGGGAGUACAGAAGCAUACCUCUCGGAUACGCUGCGGCGGACCUUGCCGAUAUCAGAAAACAACAGGCUAACUAUCUGGUUUGCGGCGGCAAUCCCGCCGAAUCUGUGGACUUCUACGGUGUGAAUCUCUUUUCAUGGUGCGGAGACUCCUCUUACCUGGAAUCUGGGUACAACCUCUACACCGAUGACCUGAAGAGCAUGCCGGUCCCCAUCAUACUGUCUGAAGAUGGCUGCUUCGAAACAUCGCCACGAACCUUUUCCGACCAGCAGGCAGUUUUCGGCCCCGAGAUGGAGGAUAUCUGGUCAGGAGCGAUAAUCAACGGAUGGGCGUAUGCGGGAUUCAAUUAUGACCUGGUGAAUUACUCGGUCUCCUCGUCGGCCGCGACGCGUUCGCCUCUCCCGGACUAUUCUAAUCUACAAAGCCAAUGGGCUCUUGCCACUCCCGAAGGCGUUGCAAGCUCGGAUUAUACGUGGAGCGGAACGACGCCUGCUUGUCCAGCUUCGACAGCAAGCUGGACUGUAGACCCUAGUGAACCUUUGCCGACUAUCGCCGGGCUGAACUUGGCCACAGUAGAGCCAGCUUCAUCAUCAGGUCCUUCAAACGGAUCCUCAAGCGCGUUGGCCCCAAGUGCUUCGAGCUCCGGCGCCGGUGGUAAUACCACAGCACACUCGGGCUCGUCUUCUGGCCUAUCACAAGGAGCCACUAUCGGCAUCGGAGUCGGAGUUGGCGUAGGCGGGCUUGUCAUCGCUCUGAUUGCGCUUUUCCUCCUGUACCGUUGGCGCAAAAACAAGCGGCAAGAAGCUUCGACGUCCACCUCAAACGCAACACACGAGAAGGCCGAGAUGUAUGCUGGACCAGUCGACGAGAGAAUAAAGGGCAAGUCCCGGCCGAAACACGAAUUACCUAGCACAAGGACAAUGUCUGGAAAACCAACACCGCAUCAGCUUGAUAAUGGCCACCCGACGCGAGAGGCGUCAAGUCAUGAACUCAGUGGCCAAGUAAGCUCCAACGCACCCUGGAGCCAUAAUCCCGACGGCUACAUGCCCCCCGAGUUAAACUCAAGUGAGAUUGUGGAGGUAGGCACUGCUAGCAUACGAAAAGAUGGCUAUCAUCCUAUCGACCACCUUUUCGACUCCAGCCAGCGGGACACCACCACGAGCUCACCGGGGACGACAGCGGUGGCAUCUGAGCAGAGAAACAGGGACAUCCCUGCCAACGCCUCGCCAGCCGAUGACGACGACGCUGAGGAGCUAGCUGAAGAGGCGGACGUGGCGGUGCAGGAGCUGGGCUUGAUUAGUGUGCGGAAGCGAGCCUUGACCUCCCAGGCGGCCGCCAUCGGCCAGAAGCCGGAAGAGGUCGAAGGGAGGAAAGGAGAGGAAUUCCGAGAACUGAUACAGAGGGAGGAAAGAGUCAGGGCCAGACUUGAAAGGAUCGACAGGCAACGGACACCCGCUCGACGGCGGUGA